CCACGUGCCCCUUCUCAUCUUUCUUCACUCUCUCACGUGUUUACCUUAAAAAAAAACCUUUCCCCGAGAAAACUAAAUUUGCUUCAACUGAGAAAAUCCAAGUUUGAUAACUCCGAAGAACGUCGUCGUUUUCCAUCAACUCCAGCGACUCCCUCUGCCUCCUCCCCGAAUAAGAAGAAAAUAAUCUUCAAGAUUGACCAGGUGAGAGAAAUCAACUCUAUCUGCGUAUCUCUGCUUCAAAUUCGCUUUUUUUUUCACAAAACAAUGGCACAUGAACCCAGUUCUGGGUUUGAUCAUAUCUCUGAUUUGGGUAAUAAGUGUGUCUCUGAUGGAAUCACUACUGGGUUUGGGUUUAUUCAAGAAAGUAACAACUGUAGUGAACAGUUAAGUAUAGAUAGGAACAAUCCAAAUCUUGGAAUUAAAGAUAGUGAAGAAGAUGGGGAAAAGUUGAAGUUUUUGUGUAGCUACAAUGGAAAGAUAAUGCCUCGACCAAGCGAUGGGGUGUUACGAUACGUUGGUGGUCAGACAAGGAUCGUUACUGUUAAAAGAAACGUGGGAUUUGAUGAGUUUGAGCAGAAGAUGAUCGAGGUUUAUGGUCAGCCUGUUGUUGUUAUCAAGUACCAGCUUCCUGAUGAGGAGCUUGAUGCUUUGGUCUCUGUUUCUUGUAAUGAGGAUAUUGAUAAUAUGAUGGAAGAGUUUGAUAAGUUGGUGGAGAGAUCUUCAGAUGGGUCUUCUGGGAAGUUGAGAGUGUUUUUGUUUGAUGCUUCUUCGUCUGAGGUUGAUGAUACUUUUGAAGUAGCGGAGUAUGGUGGGGAUGGAGUUGACAUUGGGCAGAGAUUUGUAGAGGCUGUGAAUGGUGUUGUUGCGAGUAAGGAGAGUGUUGCUAGUGGUGGUUCUAAUCCGAAUUCUGAUUUUAGUGGCGUGGACGUUGUUGAUAGCUUGGGCCUUGGUCAGACUGAGUUUGUUGCAACCCAGACCUCGUGUACCUUUUCACCUCACACUUAUGUGAAUACUGUACCAAGACUUGUUCCUCCUGAUCCGCGUUCGUCUACUUAUGUUUUACCUAUGAAUGUUCCAGCUGAUCCGUUUCAUUCUUCUCAGCUCGAGACUGUUUCAGAGCAAGCAAACGCUAGUAAGAUCCAGCAGCUACCCAUAGCUACGCCAUCUGAACAUCAUUCACCGGUGUAUGUUGAAUCUCGGUUAGAAGUUUUAAGACAACCAGAUUCUGUUCAUUCACCUAACCAGUUUCUGCCAAGUACUACCUCUUUGCUCUCCCAACAACCUUUUCAAGGAAGUACUUUGAAUGUCUCAUCACACCAGUUGUUUCCUGCUGCUCACAUGACAAUGGCUCCCUUGAAUGCUCAGAUUGGUGUCACACCAGUUUUGAUUAACCCGGCAAUGCAAACCCAAGAAACCAUGUUGGGGAACUUUCCUGCUGAAAGAAAUGUGGGGAUUCAAAAGUUAGUCCCUUUUCCUACAGAGCCGAGCUACUCUGCAUAUCAAGGUACGGUUGCUCCUGGUAUACCAACUAGCGGUUAUGGUGGGACUCAGGUUCCACCAUCUCAACAUAUUGUUCUCCCUGAUAGAGUUUUGCAUCAACAAGUAGUUAUGCCUGAAAGUUUUCAAAGGGUAGAUGAUUGUCAAAUGUGCCAGACUUCUUUGCCUCAUAUGCAUUCUGAUCCCACCAUACGGGAGAGAAAUGAUGGCUCUACAAUGUUUGUACCGUAUGUGAGCUCAUCUUACCCUGCUUCACAUCCAGAUGAUAUCGUCAGAAUCCAACAGAUGGAUAAUCUUACGGGUCAACAAAGCUUCCUCAAUCAUUCUGGUCAUCAAGACAGAGAUACUUUACGUACAGCCAAUGUUGCGAGUGCUCAGGUCGAGACAAUUGAACCUCUACUCAAUGAGAUUGUGAGAGAUGUUCCGAUAAAAGUUCAAGUAUCUAGACAGCAGCAAAACCCUGUAGACCCUUCAGUAGCAUAUGGCCAAUACCAACCAAGAGGAUUGAUGGAUAAUGUUAACAUACAUGCUCCUGAGACAUAUACCAAUUGUCAGAAUUUCGUCUCACCAGUUGAAAAAUUUGGAAAAGAAGAUAUUAUGGGUACCAGUUCUCAACAAACGGCAAGGAAUAAUAUGUUCCUACAUGACACCUCUGGUCAAUUUCCAGUAAGUCCAAACAUUGGUCACACGGACUCAAAUGAGACACUAACAAGAGUAGACGUUCUUCCAGGCCAUGAAUCUCAACCUAAUACAUCAUGUGCGCCAACACAGUCACCCUUAUUAGGUAAUCCUGGUUUGUAUCUACAAUCAUUGGUUGGAGGUCAGCAGUUCGGUUCUCUGGAAGCGCAGUCCUGCAACCCCGUAUAUGGCGCUGUUGAACCUUCCUUUGAUGCUGCUAAUUUACCAUCGUCCUUAUCAUCACAUCCUGGUGCUGCCAAUUUACCAUCAUCCUUGUCAUCUAGUGUUGGCGGUGCAGACGUCAAAGAGUCAUCGUCAUUUUUUAGCAACCCGGGCCCAUGGAAUUUGCAAACUGACUCAAAGGAGGAUACCAAACCUAACCUACUUAGUUCUUUCAAAGGCUCGGAGGAGGAGCACAUCAAACAAGAACUUCAGAAUGUUGCUGAAGGAGUGGCUGCUUCUGUUUUACAAUCAAGUACACCUUCAUAUCAUGAACCUCCGAUCAACGUGGAAGAGUAUGCUUCUGAUAAAGGUCAAUUUUCACGUAAUGAUGAAAUAAAACACCAGUCCACACACUUCAAGGAUAUCAGGAACCAGCUUGUCGAAAGAUUGUACUUAGGAUAUUCUGGUUCUGAUUCUCUGGAUCAGUUGCAGAUUAUAAAGGACAUCGACCUUGAGGAAUUGCGAGAACUAGGAUCUGGCACAUUUGGGACAGUUUAUCAUGGGAAAUGGCGAGGCACUGAUGUUGCAAUCAAACGGAUCAAUGAUCGAUGUUUUGCUGGCAAACCAUCUGAGCAAGAACGAAUGAUCGAUGACUUUUGGAACGAGGCACAGAACCUAGCUGGCUUGCAUCAUCCUAACGUCGUUGCUUUUUAUGGGGUUGUGCUGGAUUCACCUGGAGGUUCUGUGGCAACGGUUACAGAGUACAUGGUUAAUGGUUCUUUACGAAAUGCAUUGCAGAAGAAUGUGAGGAAUCUUGAUAGGCGCAAGCGCCUGCUGAUCGCGAUGGAUAUUGCUUUUGGGAUGGAGUAUUUGCAUGGAAAGAAUAUAGUACACUUUGAUCUUAAAAGUGAUAACCUACUCGUCAAUCUCAGAGAUCCUCAUCGCCCAAUUUGCAAGGUUGGGGAUUUGGGUCUCUCGAAGGUAAAAUGUCAGACAUUAAUAUCGGGUGGUGUCCGAGGAACACUCCCAUGGAUGGCACCAGAACUUCUAAAUGGAAUCAGUAGCCUUGUUUCUGAGAAGGUUGAUGUGUUUUCAUUUGGAAUUGUGCUCUGGGAACUCUUCACCGGUGAAGAACCUUACGCCGACUUGCACUACGGGGCGAUCAUAGGUGGUAUAGUUAGUAAUACGCUACGACCGCCAAUUCCUGACUUCUGUGACAUGGACUGGAAAUUGCUGAUGGAGAGAUGUUGGUCUGCGGAACCAUCAGAGAGGCCAAGCUUCACUGUGAUCGUGAAUGAACUACGGUCCAGGGGUACAACAAAGCUUCCUUCCAAAGAACAAGUCUCAACACAAGGACCACAAUCUUAAGGAUAACUAUAUCAUAUGAAUUGAACCAUUUUUAAAUCUAUAACCACACAAGAUUUUCACACGCAAAUAGAUGAUGCUUCAUAUGUAAAAAAACUAAGUAUUGCAUACUUUUGCAAAUGAUAAGCAUGUUCGUCUUGCAUGUUUUUUUCGCUGCAUGGACAUAUAAAACUUGUUGCCUUAGAAUCUAUGCUAUGGAAUGCUUAAGCAUUUAUUAGCUGAACUCUGAAGCAUCGAUAGAAACUUGGUAUGUGUAUAGAGACAAUGUCUUCUCAGCGCAAGUUUUGUAAGGAUUUUUGAUGUGCUA